AUGGCGACGACGGCCUCCUCUGCUGCUGCUGCUGCAAACACGGGGGAUGAAGGGCGGGUCCCGCCGGACCAUGCUCAAGCGGAACCCAUCUCGGCCCACGUGCAGAGCGCCAACGUCGAUAUGGCCCACAUUGCACUGAUUCAGCAGGUCCAGCAUGAGCUGCGCACGCCCGUUCAUGGGCUCCUCGGCACGCUCGAGGAGCUCCGCAACGACCUCGCUGGCGUCGACAUGGACAAGGAGACCCGCAAGGCCGUCAGGGUCAAGCUCGACUCGCUCGGUGGGCUGGCCGACCGCCUGCAGAACGUCCUCGACGACUUCAGAGACUUUGCCCUGGAGACGAGGACGGCGCGCGAGGCGGAAGAGAGCAACGACGUCGUACUCGACGAGGAGGUGGAUCUCGGUGAGCUACUCGACGAGGUCGCCUCCGAGGCGUGGAACGCCCAGGUGCGGCAGGUCCGCGCCGAGGGCGGUGCCGAUGCGCGCCUGCCGCCGCCGCCGGAGCUCAUCCUGCAGACCGAGACGUCGCUGCGCGGCUGGAAGACGGUCGUGUCCAAGGACAUUCUGCGCAAGCUCGCAUACAAGCUCGUCAACAACGCCCUCCGCUUCACGCACGAGGGCUGGGUCGAGGUGUCGCUCUCGCCCGCCGUCAGCAGCCCGUCGGCCGGCCUCGAGGCGCUGAGCCUCGACGGCGAGCACGCGCCGCAGGCCUCGGAGCACUUUCUCGAGCUCGUCGUCCAGGACACGGGCGAGGGCAUGAGCCGCGAGUUCCUCUCGCACCGCCUGUUCGAGCCGUUUGAAAAGGCCGACUCGUUCAAGGCGGGCGCGGGCCUCAGUAUGACGCUGUGCUCGUCGCUGGUGCGGCAGAUGGGCGGCGCCAUGCACGUCUCGAGCGACCAGGGCAGGGGCACCGUCGUGACGAUCAAGAUCCCCGUCCGCAGCCUGCCAGAGAAGAGCGUGGCGCCGCCCAUGGCGUCGCAGCCGGACCAGCUCGUCUACCUCUACGGCUUCGAGGGGUACGGCCUGCAGCGCCUCGCCCAGGUCAUCACGGCCCAGCUCGCAGUCUACGGCAACCUCUACUGCACCUCGUACAUCGCCGACGCCGACUAUCUCCUCCUGCCCGAGGAGGUGUGCUUCGACGUCGAGGGCGGCAUCGAGGCCAUCCUGGCCCAGGCCAAGGACGGCGUCAAGAUCGGCGUGCUCCAGGCGCACCAGGACGCGGGUGUCGAGUACGCCGCGUUCAAGAACGGGAGCCGUCAGCCGCAGACCUUUGUCACGCGGAAACCCUUUGGUCCGCGAUGCUUUGCCAACCUGCUGCGGCUGGCCGAGCAGGAGGGCGAUGAGGAUACGAGGCACCCGGCCGAGUACGUCCGGGACAGGGACGGACACCUCGGAUACGCGGCCGAGGCCGUCUCGGAGUCGACGACGCCCAUCGGCCAAGAGCCUGCACCACGGCCCGGCCCGUCGACGCCGACUUCUUCGCUACAGCCAGAGAUCAGCGUGGGGCCGCUGGACCCCGUCGCGAGGGCGCAGAGAAUAUCACCGGCUGAACCCUCGACGUCGUCGGCGUCGACGACGGCAGCAGCAAAGGCACAGGACGGCGCGACGAGACAGGCGACGGGCAAGACCAGCGCGACGGCCGGGCGGCCCAAGCUGCGGCGCAAUACGGGCGACAGCCUGGCGGACCUGGUCGUGUCGCCGUCGACGCUCGACGAGGUGCUGCUGGCGCCGCUGCCCGCUCCCACGAUGGAACCGCGCACGCCGAUGCAUCCGGCCUCGUCGCGAGGAGGUGGGCCGAUCCUCGAUGGAGCCGACCCGGCGGCUGCAGCUGCCGCCGCUCUGCCGGAACGCAAGUUUACCGUACUAUGCGUCGAAGACAACCCGCUCAACAUGCGUCUCCUGACGGCGUUCCUGAACCGCACGUCCAAGAUCCAGGUGUACGAGGCGGCGGAUGGGAUCGAGGCCGUGGCGCAGUUUAAGCGGCACCUGCCCACCGUCACGCUGCUCGACAUCAACAUGCCGCGCAUGGACGGCUUCGAGGCGUGCCGCCACAUGCGCGCGUACCAGCACGAGCACCUCGACGCGGCGCAGCGCCGCAGCAGGGUCCUCAAGAUUGUCGCCGUCACGGCGCUCUCGGAUGCGUUUCAUCGCGAACGGGGCCUCGAGUGCGGCAUGGAUGACUGGUUCUCAAAACCAAUCAGAAUGGCCCAGCUAAAGACCCAACUCGCUUCCUGGCAACAGGAAUUCAAGGAUGCCUCCAGUGCCGCAGAGGACGAGGCUGUUUAG